GUGAGGAACCUGCGCGUUCAUUUAGUCUUGAUCUGUGAGCCAUGGAGGGUAGAGGGCUGUCGGAUGAGGCUGUGUCUGCUGCCUGCAAAGAAGGAGACCCCAUCACCAAGGACUACAUGAUGCAGCAGACGAUGCUGAGGGUCAAAGAUCCGGCAAGGUCUCUGGACUUCUACACUCGGAUCCUUGGCAUGACGUUGCUGCAGAAAAUCGACUUCCCCUCGAUGCACUUCACCCUCUACUUCCUGGGUUACGAGGAGAAGUUGGAAAUCCCAGUCGACAUCAGAGAGAGGACAGCGUGGACGUUCUCCCGCCGAGCCACCAUCGAGCUCACACAUAACUGGGGAUCAGAGUCAGAUGAAAAUCUGUCAUACCACAACGGGAACAACGAACCGCGAGGAUUCGGUCAUAUUGGCAUUGCUGUCCCUGAUGUUUACACUGCCUGCAAAUUAUUUGAAGACCAAGGAGUGACGUUCGUCAAGAAGCCGGCCUCAGGUAAAAUGAAGGACCUGGCCUUCAUUCAGGACCCUGACGGCUACUGGAUUGAGAUUUUAAGUCCGAACAACAUGGUCUCCUUAAUGUCACCUUAACGACCAGACACUGGGGGACACUCAGGAUGUUACUAUUGGAUGACACAGUGGAAACAAAACUUUUUUUUUUUUUUUUUCACAUGUCAAAGACUUGAUAUCAACAUAAACCUUCCUCUCUGUUGUAAUCCAGCUCCUGUUGGUCAUUUUCUUUUCUUUUUAUGUUGCUAAGGGACUUUUCUUAAGAAUUUGAAGAUCUGUGAACAUGCUGCUGCUUUUCUAAAAAAAAAAGCUUUAAAUCUGUUGUCUGUAUGCUGCAGUGUUAGUUAAAUGUUUACAUAUUUUACAAUCAAAAAGCUUCUACCUCUGGAUGCUUUAUGAGGAACAUGAACAUGAAUGUGACAUUAACUUUGACCCCGUCAACAGAAAGUAAUGAGGAAACUGAAGUCAUCUCAUGUUUUCCUGCUGAAUCAUUAUAAAACAAACGCUCCAUGUGAAACUAAAAGCCUCUUUAAUAAAUUCUGGUCCUUUAAAAAAAAAAAAAA